ACUCAACGUUGAGGUUUUCUGCGUUCUGCCGUCCAGCCAGCAGGAGCAGCCAGCAGGCCGACAAUGAAAGUAUCCCGUGUCUCGGCGCUCCUACCCCUGCUACUUUCUUUCUUCCAGCAUACACAUGCAUGGACCGUACCUCUGCCGCUCUCUGGCGGACUCAUCGCCCCCUGUCAGCAGAGCUUCGCUGCAACGCCGGUGACUCCGGCUGUAACAGCAACAACCACCGCCAGGAGAAGCCACGACGGGAGAGACACAAGGCGCCAGGUCCCCACCUGCAGGCUGGACCGACUGCCGGUGCGAACCCUCAAGCGCGUCGUGCCGUUGCGACCGACGCCGGAGAAAUACCUCGCGCACUUCGGGCAGACGCCGCUCGACCGGAGGCGCAAGAUGGUCAACUUCCUCGGCGGCCUGUUCGCCUUCUACUGGGCGGCGUUCUUUGCGACUCGGAACGUCUACGUUCUCGGCCCGGGCGGCAUCAACGCUAUCGCCUGGCGAGGUUCCUGUCUGGCGGUGUUCCUGCAGACCUUCUUGAGACCUGUGGUGGGGUCGUACAACCGCGCCCUUGAGCUGUGGGGAUCCGGGAGCAGGGAAGAGAGGAGAAAGACCAAGGGAGCCCUGUUCACCGGAAGGGUGACCAAGACGGGGUUUGCGCUGUCGUCCCAGGCGUCGAACCACAGGGCCCACUUCCAAAUGCUAGUGGAGGACGAGAGCGGAAGAGAGCUCUUGUUCGACGUCCCGCAGGUGCCGGAGUACCGCCGAAUCCGAAAGGGCAUGAGCUGCGCGGUGGUGGUCCUAAGCCGAUCGUCCGGCUUCUACGAGCUGACGGGUGUGACGGAGGCCUACCUUCCAGAGCUGGAUCUGUUCGUCGGACGGUUCCCGCUCCUCGACAAGCGCGUUUUCUGGGACUUGCUGCACGAUAAGAACGCGCGAAAAAGGCGGAGGGGCGGGGGUACGGUGGCUGCUAACGGAAAGCAGAACAGGUUGAGCAGCAGCGGCGGAGGGCGGCAACUAAACAGCAGCAGCAGCAGCAGCAGCAGCAGCAGCGGGGGACGCAGCAGGGGGGGACACAGUAGAAGCGGCGGCGACGGCGGCUAUGCAAACGAUCUCGAAAACAGCAGCUACCGCACCGGGCAACAGCAGCAACAGCGGCACCCAACGCGAGACGUGACGUCAAACAGCGGCAGCAGCAGCAGCAACGGUCGCGACGACGGGGGCAGGAUGGUGGCCAGGAGCCCUAGGCCGAGGAACUACCAAUGACGUUCUCGCGAUAACCAAUAUACGUCCACCGGAAGUAAACAACGCAACAAUCGGGCAGUACCUCCAUCAGCCAGGAAUGCCGAGGGUGCCGUACCGCAGAGGCGGAUUAUUCGCGAAAGGAGACCCUCACAGGAGGACCAAAGUACUCCCCGCUUGCUGUCCUGGACGCUUAUGGCAGCGACAUAGCAUGGCAACAUCGGGGUAGCAGGAGGGAAUCCACCGCUCACGGCAGCGCGCGCUAGUUUAGCUCCGCAGUACCAGGAGCGCGAGGAGAGUGAACCCUUGGUUUCAUUCGCGAAGGAAUUUUUUUUGUCUGGCCGCCGCCGCCGCCGCCGCCGCCACACCUCCGCGUCUAAGAGGAGGAGGAUCAGCGGCCGGGAUUCGAGUUCGAGGCUAACAACGGAAAGCUUCGCUACGUGAGAACCUGGAAGUCAAAAAAGGUCUUCGGGCUGAGUAAGACGAAAAUUACUCGAACCCCACCACCGCCCCACACCAGGAGCUGCGCAGUCGGUGCGGCAUCACCCCCGCAGAGAAAGUAAGGACAAGUGUUGUUGAGCAAAAUUUGGGGGAGUCGCACGUGUUGCCGCGAUGUGAAGUGGCGGUGAACCUUACUUGGUUUUUCACGUUGGAAAUGCAAGGCUCAAGGGGCAGUAUUCGAAGUCAGAACCGACAGCUGAGAUUGGGGAAAAAGAAGGUCGGUUAAUGUUAGCAGCAGCGCGGUUUGAGUUUCGCGGCUGCUGGUUUGAGGCGUGUUGCGAGUUGCUUGUUGUGCUUGUGACUAUACGUUUUUCUGUGUGGAGUGUAUCCCGUCGUUUGGUUCCUCUGUCCGUGUGUUGUUUUCUUCUUGCGGGCUUUCGUCUGUUCUCCACCCUGUUGUGUUUUGUUUUUUGUAUCGUUUAUUGUUUCUAGGAACUAGUUUUGCUUGGAAGAGUGGUUGGAUUUGCUCUCCUGUAUACGAAUGUACCAUAUUUAUUUUACUCAGCACAUAGAAGUAGUGACACUUUUGGGGGUUAAGGGUCGUGACAACCGAGAUUCGUUCAUUUCUUGAAAGGAACUCAGUAGGGGCAAGAAAGGUCUUAUCUACGAUUUGGGCAUGGCCCAAAGGGCUUUGGGACAACUUCUUCCGGAAUCUUUCCUUAAGGUGUCGGCGUGAGGGCAAAGAUUGUGUGGUUUGCACUCUGCUGUGUGUGCUGCAGCGAAUGCCAGCGAGUUGGAAUUGCAUAUUGUGUGUUUUGGCCUUUUUUUUUUCUGCGUGCCCACCAAAUCGUCCAUGACUGUAUUUGGCGGCCGGCACCAUAAGAAAGUAACAACCACCAGGGCUAUGCCGAGGAACACCAGAUAAAGUUAAAGUUAUGAAAUCAUGACCAAGCCGACCAUGGUAUAAUGCGUACUGCAAGGCGUACACUUGGCGCUCCGAAAAGAUGGGACGAGAAAAACGGAAACGGCGCAGCAUGCUCCGCCCUUCAGAAAAAUCCAGAAUAAUGGGAAACGGACUUGAGGGCAACCCACGAGGGAGGAUGCGAAACGAUUGGAUCGAUCAUGGCGCGGGCUGCAGACUCGCAACGUGGAGUUGGCACGACGAGUUGUAGAGGAUGUGUCCAAGAUUUGAACGACGAGCUCAUGUGUCAAGGUUUGAACGAUAAGCGAAAAGGGAAGUAUCUACUCAGUCAGAGGUGAUCGAGGCCACCACCAUGAGAGACGUACCCCCUCCUAGGUGUGAGUGAGCGUGAGGAAGGCGACUUCUUGUCGCCACGUUUGGUCUCGUGUCGACUGCUGUGCCGGCAUCAAGAGACCUCGGACAAACUGACUAAUUCUUCCCCUGCGAUGGAAGUACAAACCGCAGCGAGCACAGGGCAUUCGGUGUGUAUGUACACGCACAUAUGUCGCUCGCAACUUAGCUCGUCUUUCCGGCGAGCACGCACACAAAAAACGACGCACGUCCCCUUCCUUUCAAGAGCGCAAACCAAACUGGAGCUUUCGUUCGUGGUGGCAAUUUCCACGUCGACUUCACGAUAUCAUGCUCCAGUCGCGAAGCCCACACCCACAAGACAUGCGAUGCUGGCGAACUCCUUCCACUUCUUCCGACAUGAAAAUGCGCCACGGAGACACUGCGCCGGGCGAGACCGAAGUCAGACGCAUGUAGUGGAGACUCAUGACGCUGGUAGCCUAGAUAACCAAGAACGCCUAAUCAACAGCACGCCAUUUUUAAACACACUGCUGUCUCUCUCUUCAUGGCUACCCUAGCAACACGAGUCUGUCUGAGGCCGAUUGUUGGUAGGCGCGGGGAAAGAGACAGA